UGUGUCGAAUGUCUGAAGCCUUUGCUGGGCUCUUACCGCCUGGCUUUAGUUUAAAUAUUAUAACCUAUCGAUAGUUAAUACAUGUGCGCAAACGAUCUGCCUUGCAAUCGAUUAAAGAGAUAACAUGGUCUGACUUGAGACACAAGAGCUGUGGAAGAUCUCGUCAAUUGAAAGGUUUUGUCCAAGUAGGGGCCGAGAGUUCUUGUUGAGGACAACGGAGCCAUGAUGUGCAUCUGAAGGCACCUCGAUCACAUGGGCUCCUAUCCUGUGCUGACCCAAUGGUUUAAUCACCAGGACUAAAAAUGAGCAUAAGCAGUGAUGAAGUCAAUUUCCUGGUUUACAGAUACCUGCAAGAGUCAGGCUUCUCCCACUCAGCGUUCACCUUUGGCAUAGAGAGCCACAUCAGUCAGUCCAACAUCAAUGGAGCCCUGGUGCCCCCUGCUGCCCUCAUCUCCAUCAUCCAGAAGGGUCUGCAGUAUGUGGAGGCUGAAGUCAGCAUCAAUGAGGACGGGACCUUAUUUGACGGGCGGCCCAUUGAGUCACUGUCUCUGAUCGACGCCGUGAUGCCAGACGUGGUCCAAACCAGGCAGCAGGCCUACAGGGACAAGCUGGCCCAGCAGCAGCAGCAGGCGGCAAGCAGCGGCAGCAGCGCAGGGCCCCAGGGAAGCACCAAGAAUGGAGAGGGCGCUGCCAACGGGGAGGAAAAUGGAUCCCACGCCUUAGCCAAUCACCACUCAGAGAUGAUGGAGGUGGACCGGGACGUGGAGAUCCCCCAGAGUAAAGCCAUGGUCCUGAGGGGCCACGAAUCUGAAGUUUUUAUCUGUGCCUGGAACCCAGUGAACGACCUCCUCGCCUCCGGCUCCGGGGACUCGACAGCACGAAUCUGGAACCUGAGUGAGAACAGCACAGGCGGGUCCACCCAGCUGGUUCUGAGGCACUGCAUACGGGAAGGGGGCCAGGACGUACCCAGCAACAAAGACGUCACCUCACUAGACUGGAAUAGCGAGGGAACAUUGCUAGCGACAGGCUCGUACGAUGGCUUUGCUAGGAUAUGGACAAAAGACGGUAACCUGGCCAGCACGCUGGGUCAACAUAAAGGUCCUAUAUUUGCACUCAAGUGGAAUAAGAAAGGAAACUUCAUCCUCAGUGCUGGUGUAGACAAGACCACAAUUAUUUGGGACGCCCACACGGGAGAGGCGAAACAACAGUUUCCUUUCCACUCGGCACCUGCUCUGGACGUAGACUGGCAGAGCAACAACACGUUUGCCUCCUGCAGCACGGACAUGUGCAUCCAUGUGUGUAAGCUGGGUCAGGACAGACCUGUCAAGACCUUCCAGGGACACACGAAUGAGGUGAACGCCAUCAAAUGGGAUCCCACUGGCAGCUUAUUGGCCUCCUGCUCAGAUGACAUGACACUGAAGAUCUGGAGUAUGAAGCAGGACUCGUGUGUCCAUGACCUCCAGGCCCACAGUAAAGAAAUCUACACCAUCAAGUGGAGCCCCACAGGCCCCGGGACCAACAACCCCAGCGCCAACCUCAUGCUGGCCAGCGCAUCAUUCGACUCCACGGUGCGUCUGUGGGACGUGGAGCGCGGGGUAUGUAUCCAUACGCUGACCCGCCACCAGGAGCCCGUGUACAGCGUGGCCUUCAGCCCUGAUGGCAGGCACCUCGCCAGCGGCUCCUUCGACAAGUGUGUCCACAUCUGGAACACUCAGACGGGUGCUUUAGUCCACAGCUACCGGGGGACAGGAGGGAUCUUUGAAGUGUGCUGGAACGCCACAGGGGACAAAGUAGGAGCCAGCGCGUCAGACGGAUCGGUUUGCGUAUUAGACCUGAGGAAAUGACACACGUCUGGGGGAGCCAUGGACCGACUACGAAUGUGUACAUAGCCAAAAUGACUGACUGUCCCUGCCUGUCCGCCACACUGCUGUAGUCCCAUCAGAUGCCAUGGCCCGCCAUUACCGCCAAAUGGAGCGACCCUCCCCACCCUCCAUCCCGUCAUAUGUACACAUAAGGACCACAUCUUCGCCGCAUACAGUUGCAUCAGGCACACACCAGGUCUGUAUGGACAUCUGCGUUACUCGCACAGACCUGCAGGAAAAAACAUUUCUCUGUCAUCACACAGUACAAACUCUCCGGACCCGUCACAUGCAAACCAAAACACCAGGAUUCUUCUUGCUUUCCUCUUUUUAUCCUUUGUACCAGAAUCUAAAGAUUUUUUGUUCUCUGUUGGUGUGUGCAUAUUGCAUAUGUCAGCAUUUGGUGUCCUGUGGACAUUGUUGUUUUGAAUUUGGAUUUUACUGAUAUCUGCGGGUUUUAUACGACAUGUGGGGUGGGAGAGAAGAGAGGGGGGGUUGUCUUUUACAAUGGGUGUUUAAAGCUGUUCAUUGGGAGAUCCAUUCAUUCACGUCUCGGCAGUCUUUAAGGUUCAAAAAUGCAGAUGUAUAGCUUAGAAGAUAAAAAUGGUUUAUAAUUUUGUCGACUCUAUUUUUAUCCGAUAGGUUUGUUCCAUUUUUUUUAACAAAGUAUAAAGCAGUUAAUCAAAGGCUGAACUGUCCUUUGUUUUUGCAACUUUUAUCCUCAGAAAUGGUUUUCAGGUGUUCACAAUUCAUCAGGUUAACAUAGAGCUCUAAAGAAUUCAAACCUCUAGGCUGAAAGAUAAUCUUACAUAGCUGUCGAUCCCAUGUUCUAAAGACAUCAACACUGAUGUGCAGUUGGCUUCAGGUUUACGUCGCCAACUUUGUCCCUGAUCUGUGUCUCAAGCUCAGGCGGCGGCUGUGCUCUUGUGUCAGUUGUGAGGUAACGUGGCACAGGAGUGGCUUGCCAUCUGGCGUCGUCGCAGCUUCUGGGAGCUGUGGGGAAAGAGAGAGAGAUUCGGGAGAUCAGGCCCAUAACCGCUCGCAUCCAUCUGACGUGAACGAUUAGUUGUCGUAACUGUGCUCAUCAGGACGUCAUCUGCAGUAUCACUUCCUGGCUGGAGUUCAUAUCACGGUUUGUCAUGUCGAGAAGUCGUUCGCAGCGUCUUAACGGUCCAGUGUGUGGGAUUUAGGGGCAUCUACUGGCAGAACUGGAAUAUAAGUGUGUUCUCACGUUCAUAAUCACCUGAAAAUAAGAAUCGUUAUGUUUUUGUAACCUUAAGUUGAGCCGUUAAUAUCUACAUAGAGAGCAGGUCCAGAACAGACACACCAACCACUGGCUCUAGAUAGGCCCAUUCCCGUUUUUGCAACAGCCACCGUAGUUAGAAGUAGGACUACCCCUGAAACUGAGAUUCAAAUCAUGAGAACCCUCAGUCAACUCAAGCAGUCAUUUUGUUGUUUUUGUUGUCUGACGGUGUGCAGUGCACCUCUGGGGACAUUUCAGUCCCCAGAUUUUGCUGCAGAGUGAGCUACAGGCAGCUGCAGACACGGACAGCUGCCUGGAGGAAGAGAGACUGCCAAUUCAGGCUCCGACAUGACGUUAUCUGCUGCCUUCUGCUUAGAAGUGGUGAAUUUAAAGCUCACAGCAACUUAAUACGAUACAGUUACUGGCUUUUGUUUGAUAUCUGUUGUCGUCUCACAUUUCCAAUCCAUCAUUAGCGUAGUUAGCUCGUUUAGUUUAUUACGUGAAUGUUACUGUCACCCUGCUCAUCGUGCUGACCCCAGUUCAAACUCUAUAUGGAGAAGUCUCAGCUGGUUGCAAUCUGCCACUAAAUCUUUAAAUCUUACACACUGGACCUUUAAAAACAUUCUGACUUUCACUUUGUAACGUGUGCAGCUUUUAUGUCUAGCAAGUACACACUACAGUCCCUCUGCUUUAGUUUGUCGUUGCCUAGCAUUAACACACACACACACACACACACUCUCUCUCUGGAGACAGGCUGCGUUCAGGCCUAUGCACGGAUAGACGGCGCUUUUGUUUGUAGUGUUCAGAAUUGGCGUUUUGAGGCAAGUCUGUGCUUGUUGUUGAAAGGCAGACUCACAGCAUAUGACUUGAUGUAACAUGGUAUCUGCAUAUAAUAUAUAUAUAUAUAUAAAUAUAUAUAAAUAUAUAUCUGUGCUAUCACAGGGGACUCUUUUGUAUGCCACUCGUACGCUAAGGGUGGAUUUUAAAGUUACUUUUUGAAGACGCUUGAAAUACAGUAUGUGAUGUUGUUGUACAUCACAAAGGGUUGUAACCAUGAGGAAUGGUUUUUUAUAAAAUACCAUUAAACAGUCAUAGAGAAAUAAAAAAUUAAAAAAAAUUAAAAAAUGAGCAGCCCUUUGAUGGGUGUUUUUUUUCCUGCACUUUAGACUAAAAAUGGAUAAACAGGGAGGUGUGUUUAUUCAAGCCAUCGUAGACACACCUAAUGAAAAUGCUCUUAAAUCAGAAUUGUUGCAGAAAGUGUGCAGUGGGUGAAAAAAGGUGAACAGUGUCCUGUCCGACUCCUCGGGGUACGUCAAAGUCGAACCAAGCCAACUUCAUGGCAUUCCAGGUCUCAUCUCGCAGCCAUAACUAACAGCUAACGGCUUGAUACACAGACACACAUAUACACACAGACACACACACACUUGUCGUCAGGACAUUUCAGAGGUUUUGCUCAGAAUGUUACUUGUUUUAAAAAAUUUUGUACUGAAGCUAAAGACUAUUUUGAAGUUUGCUUUAAUACAGUGAUUGGACUGUACCACAAAGACACUAUUUCAAAUGAUGUCUAUGACAGUGGAAUGGUAUUUUAUAACGUUUCGUUUUUAGAUGAUAAGCUUUUUACACUGCAUUCGAGUGUGUUUGCUAUCUUUUGUUCCUACCGAAAGUACUAACGUUAAUUCUAUCUUUGCUAUGUCGGAGAGCCCUUGAAGGUUUUGUACUUCUCAAAACUUUUGUAAUUCUGAUUUAUUUGUAGCUACGUACACGAAAUGAACAAACGAAGAAAAAAAAAAAGAAAUUAUAAAAUCUGGAUUUAAUUGUCGUUGUAUUAUAACACAGAACAUGUAAAUACCAAUUUGCAGAUUUCUUUUUGUUGUGUUGUCUUUGCCCUCACCUACGUUGUACUCUCUUUCUCUCUCACUCACAUGGUUGCGGUCCGCAGCCUCCUGAUCUGACUGUUGUAAUAUCACUCAGAUUUCAAGGUCUAGAAUAAAAUCUAUUUUGAUAAUA